CGGUGCCCUUUGUGUCGGGCGGGCGGGCGGGCGGCGCGGGUCAGGCCGGGCCGGGCCGUGCGAGCGCCGCCGCCGCCGCCGCCGGGGCGGGGAGGGGGCACCGCCGGCUCCGCCAUGGUGAAGAAGCGGAAAGGCCGCGUCCUUAUCGAUUCCGACACCGAGGACAGCGGCAGCGAGGAGAACCUGGACCAGGAGCUCCUGUCAUUGGCCAAACGGAAGCGCAGUGACUCUGAAGAAAAGGAACCACCUGUGAGCAAACCUACAGCAUCUUCAGACUCUGAGACAUCAGACAGUGAUGAUGAGUGGACUGUUGGAGGUUCUAAAAACAAAAAAAAGGGAAAAGCGGGUAAGGCAGAGAAGAAAGGAGCCAUGAAGAAACAGAUGAACAAAGCUGCCUCUUCCGGCAGCUCAGAUAAAGACAGCUCGGCUGAGAGCUCGGCUCCUGAAGAGGGAGAAGUCUCUGACUCAGAAAGCAACAGCUCCUCAUCUAGCUCAGAUUCAGAUUCUUCAUCUGAAGAUGAGGAGUUCCAUGAUGGCUAUGGAGAAGACCUGAUGGGAGAUGAAGAAGACCGAGCUCGACUGGAACAAAUGACGGAAAAGGAGAGAGAGCAGGAACUGUUUAACCGGAUAGAAAAGAGAGAAGUGCUGAAGAGAAGAUUUGAAAUCAAGAAAAAACUAAAAACGGCAAAAAAGAAAGAAAAGAAAGAGAAAAAGAAAAAGCAAGAGGAAGAGCAGGAGAAGAAAAAACUCACACAGAUCCAGGAGUCCCAGGUCAUGUCACAUAACAAAGAGCGGAGAUCAAAGCGGGAUGAAAAGCUAGACAAGAAAUCCCAGGCAAUGGAGGAACUAAAAGCGGAAAGAGAGAAAAGGAAGAACAGAACAGCUGAAUUGCUUGCAAAAAAACAGCCAUUAAAAACUAGUGAAGUAUACUCUGAUGAUGAAGAGGAGGAGGAGGAUGAUAAAUCUAGUGAGAAAAGUGAUCGCUCAUCCAGAUCGUCAUCCUCUGAUGAAGAGGAAGAGAAAGAAGAAAUUCCUCCCAAGUCCCAGCCAGUGUCCUUGCCUGAAGAGCUGAACCGAGUACGGUUGUCGCGGCACAAGCUGGAACGCUGGUGUCACAUGCCCUUCUUUGCCAAGACAGUCACUGGCUGCUUUGUCCGUAUCGGCAUUGGCAAUCACAACAGUAAACCUGUGUAUCGGGUUGCUGAAAUAACUGGUGUGGUAGAGACUGCAAAGGUUUACCAACUUGGUGGGACACGGACAAACAAAGGACUACAGUUGCGGCAUGGCAGUGAUUCACGUGUGUUUCGCUUGGAGUUUGUCUCAAAUCAGGAAUUUACUGAAAGUGAAUUUAUGAAGUGGAAGGAAGCAAUGUUCUCUGCUGGGAUGCAGCUACCCACACUAGAUGAGAUAAACAAGAAGGAAGUGUCCAUCAAAGAAGCCCUCAACUACAAGUUUAAUGAUCAGGACAUUGAAGAGAUUGUGAAAGAGAAGGAAAGGUUCAGAAAAGCACCUCCAAAUUACGCCAUGAAGAAAACUCAACUGUUAAAGGAGAAGGCUAUGGCUGAGGACUUGGGGGACCAAGAUAAGGCCAAGCAGAUUCAAGAUCAGCUUAAUGAACUUGAAGAGAGAGCAGAGGCCCUGGAUCGUCAACGAACAAAAAAUAUUUCUGCAAUCAGUUACAUCAACCAGAGAAAUAGAGAGUGGAAUAUCGUUGAGUCUGAGAAGGCUCUUGUGGCUGAAAGUCACAGCAUGAAAAACCAACAAAUGGACCCCUUUACUAGGCGGCAGUGCAAGCCCACAAUAGUGUCUAAUUCCAGAGAUCCUGCUGUCCAAGCUGCCAUCCUUGCCCAGCUAAAUGCAAAAUAUGGAUCUGGUGUGUUACCAGAUGCUCCAAAGGACAUGAGUAAGGGUCAAGGAAAAGAUAAAGAUGUGAACUCUAAAUCAGCUAGUGACCUCUCAGAAGAUCUUUUCAAAGUACAUGACUUUGAUGUAAAGAUUGAUCUUCAGGUUCCCAGUUCAGAAUCUAAGGCACUGGCCAUCACCUCCAAGGCUCCUCCAGCAAAAGAUGGUGCCCCUCGGCGAUCAUUGAACUUGGAGGACUACAAAAAGAGACGGGGGCUUAUUUGAGCAUGCCCACUCUGCUGCUUCUGAUCCUGCAUGCUCCAUGAUGAUGUCCUACUUUUUCUUCCUCCCUUUUCAGUUCUCCCUUCUGGGUUGGAGCAGCACUGGAGCUGGGAAGAGACUCUUUAAAACUGCCAGUCAUCUGUAACAUAAACCAUUCAACUAUUUACUGUAUAGACCUCCCUUCUUGCCCUUUCCUCUGCUCUCCUCACAAAUGUGGAUCUGUGCUAUUUGGGGUUUUCCCAUUUCUUUUAGUUUGAGUUUUGUUUUUAUUUUGUUGAUGCAGCUCGUUGGUCCACUCUGUGUUCAGUAUUAGCCUGAGGUCUGGAUUUCCAUAGGAAUCUCUUGGCAGUCGCAGAAUCAGCACUUGGUGAUCUCCCCUUACAUACCACCACAGGCACAGUGAAUAAACAUUGGCGCAAGACCUUUGUGGCUGGAAGGUCAUCUGCACUUUCUCCUUCUUCUUCCUCCUUCAUCCUAGCUUUGGAGAAGGGAAUCUUCAAAAACUGGCCUAGGUUCAAAGUGUAAAUUUUUUUGGGAGGGUCGUGUGACUUUUUUUCAGGUGUUUUUUAUCAUUUUUAAGCUGCAGUACUAUUUGUAUCCGUCUGUCACAGUUCUUUACGGCUGUUUUGAAUUUCUACCAGCUGUACUUGAGCAUCUGAAAUUGCAAGAAAGAAACUCAUUAAAUGUGAUUCUUCUUACUAAAA